AUGGCAUCUUAAGAAAGUUUUCAGAAGUAACUAAAAUUGUAAAAGCUUGCACAAGUAGUUUGUGAAAUCGCAUUGGUAUCAUAAUUUGUGAUAGUAAUUGUUUAUUGGACUCAGCUUCAUAAACAUACGUUAAUUGAAGUGGCCUAGUUAUCAAAGACAGAUCCUAAGUUUGCAGAAUCAUUCCUUUCAUUCAUCAUUGAUAUUCAUAUAUUCCCCUUUUCAACAGUGUUUGCUAACAUUCUAAUGAGCAAAAUUGUAUUUUAACUUUCAGAUAUGAAGUACUCUAUAGUUUACGGGACUACUUAUUCAUUUGUUAAUUUUGUAAGCACUUAAUUUAGUGGAAGGUAUAUCUAUCCCUUCAUGACUUGGGAAAGUCCAGCUUCUUUGAUUGUUUGUGCUGCUAUUGUUGGCUUUAAUUGCCUUAUUUUCUUCCUUAUGACUAAGAUUUUUCAGAAUAGAAUGAUUAUCAAUAAAAAAUUCAAUUGA